CAAAUAUUGAAAAGCAACACGGACAAAUAGAACAAUCGACCAUCGCAACUUGUUACUCUAAAUAUCUGUAUAUCCGGAAAUCUGUAAGAACUAAUUAUUUCUCUAACCAGUCAGCCAGAUCUACUCUCUUUUCAUUGUUGAGAAGAUGCCUCAGAGACACUCCAAGAACAACAAUGAUCUUGCCUUCUUCACCUAUGACGAGAAAAGAAAACUGGGCUAUGGAACCCAGAAAGAAAGACUGGGAAAAGACUCGAUCAAGCCCUUUGAUGCUUGCUGCCUCUGCCUUAAACCAUUGAUAGAUCCUCUGUGCUGCCAGAAGGGCCAUCUCUUCUGCAAGGAAUGUAUUUUUGAAUGCCUUUUGGCCCAGAAGAAAGAUAUCAAAAGGAAGCGUGCAAGUUAUGCCGAACAGCAAAAGCAAGAAAAAGAAGAGGAAGAAGAGAAAUUGAUGUUGAAGAGGCAGCAGGAACUUGAUGCAUUUGAUCAACAAAACAAUGGUGCAGUACCUCAGUACAAUGACAAGAACUAUGUUAGAGAUAAAAGUAGUUUUCAUGGGGCCAAUAGUGUUAGAGUGACCUCAUUUGAAGAGGAAGCUCUUCGGACGAUGAAAGCAUUUUGGUUGCCUUCUGCAACGCCUGAUGCACCUGUGAAAGUUGAAGCACCUUCAAUUGAUACAAUUUGCCCAGAAGGUAAAGAGAAGCUCAGGCUGAAAUCUCUGUUCCCUGUUAUUUUCACAAAGGAUAAGCAUGAGAAGCAAUCUGAGGCUUUGGGCGCGAGUCAUAUUUGCCCCAGCUGCAAAGAUACAUUAACAAACAGACAUGCAUUGAUGGCUAUCAGCACAUGUGGUCACAUUUACUGCAAAAAGUGUGCUGAAAAAUUUGUUGCGGUGGAUAAGGUUUGUUUUGUCUGCAACAAGAGCUGCAAGGAAAAACAUUUGAUUGCCCUAGAGAAAGGAGGCACUGGAUUUUCUGGACACGGGGAUAAUUUAGAGGCAACUGAUUUUAAACAUGUUGGAAGUGGUUCAGGCAUGGGUCUUAUAAGGCCGACAGUUAAAACAUGAGCAGGAGAUUGUGUUUUGAAUUUAUUGUACAUAUAUACUUGACAUGUUUUCUGAAUUUAUUGUUGUUAUAUUCCUGGAACUCACUGUUGUUUUAUUGUCCGAUUGCUGUUGAGCAUGCCUUCCAAGAUGGGUAGGCUGUGGUUUGUUGUUUUGAUUUAUAGAUGGUUUACCUUGAAUUA